AUGUUAACAGAAAAUGUCCGUCCAACUCGAACCGCUCAUGUUAUCAAAAGUACACCUGCACCUCCUCUUGCUAUCGGCAACCCUGGUCCACUUGGUCUUGGUGCUUUUGCUCUCACAACUUUCAUGCUUUCAGUAUUCAACGCUGGUUCAAACUUGAUCGACAGUCGUGUUGAAGCUGUAGUACUACCUGUUGCUUUAUUCUAUGGUGGCAUAGCUCAAUUCGCAGCCGGAAUGUGGGAAUAUCGCGUCAACAAUACAUUUGGUGCCACAGCAUUUACUAGUU